UUCUUCAUUUGUUUUAAUAGUAAACUCUUGAACGCAGCACUUUUACUUACAUUGACUAGUAUCUGAACAUUAAUUAAUAAUCAGAUUACUUUGAAAGGGGACUGCACUGACCGUACUACGUUACCCAAACGUCACCUUGUUGCUCCGUUUGGUCCACUCGGGCCGCCGUCCUUGUUGUGUUUGUUUUAGUGAGAGCCAAGAUGGCGAACGAACUGGACAGAGUGCGAGUCUCAGCUGCGGAACUCCGAGCUGAAGCGUCGAAUUCAGUCAAUAUAAGCGACUGCCCCAAAGUGGAGCAGCGGGAGCGUCAUGCACACAAGCAGCAGAGGAGGCGUGAGGGGAAGCGUCCCGAUCUGCAGCGCUACCAGACAGUAGCCGGAUCAGGACGGCAUCACUGUGACAGUGAGGAGGGAGAUACUGGUCAAUGUGAUCCCCUCGCUGCUGAUUCAUAUGAGCAAGAUCGCCCAUCACAGAGGGAGAAAAAGGGUGUCUCAGAGAGACACGGAUGCACAGAUGGUGGGAUGGCUGCAGACAAAAGGGAAGAAGACAGGAUUCGAGGUGACGGUAGUAACACUCAGAACUGUAGAAAGGGCAGCCAGUCACAGGCUAAAACUGAUACAAAUCACACAGAAGGCUUUGUUGAAAAUGACAAAGAACAGCAGGAACCUGCUGGAGAUGCUAAGACAAAGAAAGCCCGCAAACCAGACCGUGAAUUUUAUCAACCUGGGAGCCGGAGAAACAUUCAGGGAAAGGAUUGUGGAGCUGGAAGAGAGCAGGAGAAACCUCCCCCCAGUAAAACAGAGCCAGAAUCCCAAUUAAGUACAGGUGAAAGGGAGGGCAACAAAAAAGCAUCAAUACAGAAGCAGGGUGGGAAAGAUAAAGGUGGACAAGAAAAUGUAAAGCUGUCUAAAUCCAGUGAGACAAACAGAAAGCAAGAAAGUCGAGAUGUGGAAAAACAUCCUUUACCCUCCAAUGCUUCAGUGGAGAAAAUUACAAGCAAAGUAGAAAAGCUCAGCAUGAAAUAUCAAAGUAAAGUGGGAAAUGAAGUUGUUGAAGAGUUAAGUCGUAGGAGAGGAGAAACCACUGAUAAGGAAAGGAUGGGCCAAGGGGGAGGGAAAAAAGAGGAGGAAGAAAAGGUGGAGAAAAAGAGAGAAAGGGGAAAUCGCAGGAGAAGAGGAGGGGAGAAGGAAAAGGAGAAAAAUCAGGACUUCAAAAGAGGAGACACUGCAAUCGGUGGUGGAGGAAAAAAUGAAUGGGGGAAAGCAGAGAAGGAAAGAGACAAGAGAGCAGCGGCAGUAGAUCGGGAUAACAAACCAGGUAAGACAGGAGAGACACAUCCAAGCAAAGGAAGAGAGAAUCACAGAGACAGCAGAAGAGGAGACAACAACAAUAACCGCUCCAGAGAUGCAGAGAAAGAUGCUAAGACACAACGAAAUGUAGACAGCGCUGUGGAAAGAGGUGAUAGAAAUCAACCCAAUGCAAACAUCACAACACCAACCUCCAAACGCUAUUCCAAAUCAGACAUACGGCGCUCACGGAAUCGAACUUACAGCAGCAGCUCAGCCAGCAGUGUGACCAGCCUGGAUGGUCCUGGAUUAGGGAUGGAUGUGGACAGUACCAAGUGGUCACGCUUAGACCAGAGACACAAUAACAAAGAGGGGGUGGCUAACACUGGGGAAGGACGAAGGAGGCAUUUACAAAGCUGGACAACCAAUGGGGAAUCAUCUACAGAAUCACUAGAAGGGAGUGAGAUUAGUGACAUUGUAGAGGAAAGGAGGAGGAGAAGAAGAGGUGGGGAGGAAGAGCUGAGUGCAGAGAGGCGGAGGGAAGAAAGGAACAAGCCAAAGGGAAACAGAGGUGGAGGUCGGGGAAUCCUGAGAGUUUCUAUAGAGAAACAGUCAGGCACCUCUCCACACAGUGGGGUUGCACAAAAUCGCAAGCAAGGCUUGGUCCCUCGUGGUAGAGGGGGGGGCAUCCUGGUGCUACCGGCCCGCACAGACAUCUCUAAUUCACCCGAGGUCGGGCAAAGGCUUCUUUUUGGUGGAAUUAGGGGAGGAUCAUCUUCUAGGAGUAGAGGAGGCAGAGGAGGAGGACUGAGACGACUUUGGGAUCCAAAUAACCCAGACCAGAAACCUGCUCUCGCCAGCACCCAGUCCACACAGCAUUCACCCCUCCAGCAGCCUGUGUAUCUUCAGACAGGGGCCGGAUAUGGACAACUCCACUUUCUGGACACAGACGAUGAGGUGACAGGCAGUCCCCCAGUGCCACAGGGUGAGCACUUUCGAUCCAAGCAGGCUGCUGCCAUGGCCUACUACAAAUUCCAAAACUCUGACAACCCCUACUGCUACCCCAUGCCAACCAGCAACCCACAUAACCCAGGCACAGCCACCAGCCAGCGCUACCCAUACCCAUAUCAUAUGGGAGCCUACCAAAUGGCUUCCCCUAACGGUAUGUACCCGGGCCCCGGUGUGGGUCAGUUCUGUGGAAGUUAUAGGGGAACAGGUUAUACCCCGCAAAGUGCAGGAGGUACUGUAAUAUUGGAAGAGGUGGAGCAACAAGCCAGAGGGGAGCUGGGGAGGCUGCUGAGGGCUGCAGAUGCACAGGAGCUGCAGCUCAGUAACCUGCUGUCCAGAGACAGAGUGAGUGCUGAUGGACUGGAUCGCAUGGCUCAGCUCAGGGCUGAUCUUUUGGGCGUGUAUGAGCAGGUCAUCCUGACAGACAUCGAGCUGUCAGACUCUCAGAACGUGGAUCAAGCCUUGUGGAAGAACGUCUUUUACCAGGUCAUAGAGCGCUUCCGGCAGCUCCUCAAAGACCCCACCUUUGACAACACCCCUCAUAUCAGGAACAUGCUGCUCACACUGCUUGACGAGGGAGCUCUGUUCUUUGACGCGCUACUUCAGAAGCUGCAGACGGUGUAUCAGUUUAAAUUAGAGGACUACAUGGACGGAAUGGCUAUCAGGGCUCGGCCAUUACGCAAAACAGUAAAGUAUGCACUCAUCAGUGCUCAGCGCUGCAUGAUCUGUCAGGGAGAUAUAGCACGUUAUCGGGAGCAAGCCAGCGACUCUGCAAACUAUGGCAAGGCUCGCAGCUGGUACCUGAAAGCCCAGCAGAUUGCUCCCAAAAAUGGACGACCAUAUAAUCAGCUGGCCCUGCUGGCAGUCUAUACAAAGCGGAAGUUGGAUGCUGUGUAUUAUUAUAUGCGCAGUUUGGCAGCUUCCAACCCCAUUCUGACUGCAAAGGAAAGCCUAAUGAGUCUGUUUGAGGAAGCUAAGCGUAAAACUGAGCAGCUUGAGCGAAGGAGGAGGCAGGAGCAUGAAGGAGGCUCCAGGGGUCCAGCAGUCAGAGGAAGAGGGAGAGGGGAGGAUGGAGCACGUGUGGAGAUUUGGAUUCGCCCCAGCGGACAAGCAGCAACCCCAUCCUCACAGAGAGGAGGUAGUGAAUCCAGCAGAGACUCUGAACAGGAUGGAGAGCUGGGCAGUCUCAGUGCGAGUGAUCUAAAUAAGAGAUUUAUUCUGAGUUUUCUGCAUGCACAUGGAAAGCUCUUCACUAAAGUGGGCAUGGAAACCUUCCCUGCAGUGGCGAGCCGUGUUCUACAGGAGUUCAGGACACUUCUUCAGCACGGCCCUUCACUACUGGGCAGCACACACAUUCUGCAGAUCAUCACUAUCAACAUGUUCACCAUACACAACGCUCACAGCAGAGGUGAAGAAGGAGAGGUGCGAUCCGUUUUACAAGAGCAGAGCACCGUGCUGGGCCUGGGCAUGUUUGCACUGCUAGUGCAGCGCUGCACUGAACUGCUCAGAGAUAUUCCUGCAGAACCAGUUUCCAUGGCAGACACAGAGGAGCAGGGCAAAGAGGAGAAGCUGGAGGGUAUGGUGAGAGUCUCUGCCUUCCCAUUGGACCUUAGAGAACUACUGCCAAGCAUCAAGGUUUGGUCUGACUGGAUGCUGGGAUGCCCAGACCAGUGGAACCCACCCCCAUGCAGUAUAGACUGCUCCCCUGAUGUUUGGCAGUGCCUGGCUGACCUGUGUAACGUCCUGGCCCGUGUGGACCACGGAGAAGUGCCGCUGUACAAAGUCGACACUGACGAAAGCGAAGGAGAUGAGGAGCUGACCGUGCUGCAGCUGAAGGAGGACAGGCUCCUUGCUGGCUUUAUACCACUGCUGGCUGCACCACAGGAGCCCUGUUACACAGACAGACACACUGACAUGGCGAUAGCAGCAGACUGUAAGAGAGUCACUGUGCUCAAAUACUUUUUGGAGGCUUUGUGUGGACAGGAAGAGCCUUUGUUGGCGUUUAAGGGAGGCAAGUACGUCUCUGUAGCAGCUUCUCCUCCAUCUAACCACUCGGUGGAUACAGGGAGCAGACAGGAUCAUCUAACAGAGAAAGAGACUGAUGAUGUCAUAGUCGAGGCCGAGUCCUCUCUCUCGGCAUCAGAAGGAGAGGAUGGUGAGGAGGCGGGAGACAGUGAGAAUGACAUCAGACAGCUGAAGGCGAGACGUCACGCCCUCGCUAACAAACUGGCACAGCAACAGAAGCGCAGGGAUAAAAUCCAGGCGGUGCUGCAAACAGGCGGGCAGUUGGAGCUGGAAGUGAGGCCUCUCUUUUUGGUUCCAGACACAAAUGGAUUCAUCGAUCACCUGGGAGGGCUGAGGAAACUUCUUCAGUGUGGAACAUACAUAAUCGUUGUGCCACUCAUCGUGAUUACAGAGCUGGACGGCUUGGCAAAAGGCCAGGAUAACUUUGGUGGGGGAAUGGGCUCAGGAGGGCGUAGCACUGGCAGUCGCAGCAACUAUAAUAUCAGUGCAACCCACGUGCGUGCAGUGCAGGAGAAGGCCCGGCUGGCAGUGGCUUUCCUCGAAAGAGGCUUUGAGGCCAGGGAGCCGUGCCUCCGAGCCCUGACAAGCAGAGGAAAUCAGCUCGAGUCCAUUGCCUUCCGCAGUGAAGACACUUCUGGUCAGCAGGGUAACAAUGAUGAUGUCAUUCUGUCCUGCUGUCUCCACUACUGCAAAGACAAGGCAAAAGAUUUCAUGCCUGAUCAGAGAAAUGGGACAGUCAGGCUCCAAAGGGAGGUGGUACUGCUUACAGACGACCGUAACCUGCGGGUCAAAGCUUUGACCCGCAAUGUCCCGGUCCGAGACAUCCCCGCUUUUCUCAGCUGGGCCAAAGUGGGCUGAACCAGGCUAAGCUGGAAUCAAAGGAACCCAACCGCUGAAGCCUGCUUGCCACUCAGCCAAGGAGAGAGAAGACACACUUAAGCAGAGGAAGAAGAGGAUGAGAAGACAGGGGAGAUGAUGAAGAAAGUGAAGAACCACUUCUUAUGAAAUACAAGCAAAUGUAGUGAGAGCAGAGUGGUUUCAAUCAGCUUUCCCCUCCUUGUGAUGGAGUGUGUGUAUGUGUGUGUGUGUGUGCGUGUUAAGAUCAGAGAGCUUCCCCAGAAAGAGACAGGGAGACUUAAUAUGUCUCAGGAAGGCUGGACUGGAAGGUAGUGAGGAGGUAAAAGAGUGAUUUGUUUUGGAAGUUGUCUGGUCCGGCCUCGAGCCUCUGCUCCUAGUUAGUAAGUGUACUCUGCAAGCAGUAUGAAAAUUUGAGCCUAAUGAUAGUAGGAGGCAGAGAUGGAGUGUUAAUGGUCACUAAAUUGAUUAAAGACAGCAGUAAUGAAGGCUUUAAGUGGCACUUCCACGCUUCUCUGUGAGCCUCGUCAUAUUUGACUGCUCUGGCCUCCACAGCAGAGCAGAGAGAGAUGGAGAUGGAGGAAGCACAGCUGGAGGGUCUUUGUCAGUACAGUAAAAAGUGACUGAUUGUAGUGAAGGCUAAUCCAGACCCCUCAUGCAACCUCAACACUUUUGCAGACCAUGGUGUUUCCUGCUAACGCUGUUAGCAGAGCGAGUGCCUGGUGCCUGUUGUGUGGGUUGUUCCUCUAGCUUGAUGCUAACAUUCAAAUUAUUUAAAAGUUUUUUAAAAGUCAACAACAUAAAGAAACCACAUUCAUUAUUAUUUGUGUUCCUUUUUGUUUCUGAGCUUGUGUGUAAAGUUUAGUUUCCUUCCUUCUUGUAGUCUCUCCCAAACAGCAUUAGUUAUUCUUUAAUCACAUCUGGGUGCAGAUUCCUUCUGUUUUAGAGCAAUAUAACAGAUGUGUGAUAUUUAAUAUAUCAAGACUACUCAGCUGAUUUGUGGUGAGUUUUCAGUUCCAGUUUAUUUUACAUUGACUAACUCAUUUUGAAUUAAAUUGCACCACACUGAAAACAAUGUGGGACAAAAAUACUGCAAAUAUAGUUUGAGCUGGUCUUCAGAUGGCCAUGAGGAGAUGGUUUGGUCGUCCACAGUUACGAUUGAUGAAUAUUUCACUUUGUUUUCACCUUUUGACUCCUCUCAGUCUUUGUGCUUUUGUUUCAUAUCAUAACAGUCGCUUAUCUUUUCAUGAAAUCUGCUUUAAUUUUCAUCAAAUUAAAUCUGCUUUCAUUUUACUUUUGUCAAAGUCACGUCCACUAAUCACCUGGAACAAACUGCAUAAGUUCUACGUGAUAAUUAACAGCACCUCACUGACACAUCCUCAACAAACAUUUAACAGAAAGGGAAUAUUUGUUUGCUCGCUGUGCAUUGCUUCAGAAGAUUCCAAGUUCUGUCACUGCUCGUGUCUGUGUGCGAGACUGUCUGAAUGUUCAAAAUACGUAAUCUGCACCUGCGUCCUCUGUUUUCCCAUCUUACAUAAUUCAUCAUUCACUCAUCAGUUUAUCAUAUGGAUUUAAAGUAACACUGUUCAAGUGGCUACCUUGCUUUAUAUUCGUGGUGUUCAGCUACACUCGUACGACUCUGUCAGCAGUUGAUUCUGUAUUUGUGUUUUUUUCAGUUUCUGUGUUCUGGUGCUACUGUAGUGUUCAGUACAAUCUAUUGUGUUCAGUGGCAAUGCAGCAGUGUUUUAGUGUUGGAGCAAACGUAAUGAAUACAUAAUCAGAUUAACACAAAUGAUGUUUCAUCCUUAUCAUUAAAGAUGUUUUGAAGUCA